AUGGAUAUCGUCAAGGGGGGAGACACCUUGAACAUGCUGCAGAUGAAAGAAAAUAAAAAUUACGAGGACAGUAACAUACUUAAUUGCCCAUAUUUGCCAAAUGUGAAGGAAGAAAACAAUCUUCUAUACGACAAUGUGCACAGCUUGACUCGAAUAAGCGACUGUGAAAGUACAAGUAAACAUAAGUGUGCCCCCCUUAAUGAGGACGAAACGACCAAAGAUCAGGAGUUCACUCUGAAUGAGAAGGAAACGUCCAUACAGGGGGAGGAAGAAUUAGAAACAAAGGAGGGAAUAGAAACGGAGGAUGGAAUAGCAGCUAAGGAGUAUGUAGAAGCAGAGGAGGGGGAUGUCGAUACAGACAUUGAGAAGUGUCACAAAGGGUUUAACCAGCAAACUUCCAUAUACCACGAAGGGGAUGAAGCAAGCAAAGAUGACUCCAUCCCAUGUAGCUGCAACACUACUGUAAGUCUGAACUCGGUACAUGAGAGGAAAGAUGAAAUGAAGCGAUUCGUAGGGGGCGAAUUAUCUCUCUACAACAUCAAGACACAUUCUUCUCAUCACCCAUCCCUUUAUGAACAAAAUUACGAUAAAGAAAAUUUAAAAAAUGAACCCAACAGGAGGAGUAAUCACUUUGCUCAAAAUGGGAAUUUCUCCAAUGAGUACUACUGCCCAUCCUCCUUUGGCGAUGAGAUAGGGUUGCCCGUGAACAGUGUUGAUGCGUCUCAUCGGGUCUGUUCCGAAAGAGGGUGUAACCCUCGCAGCUGCAGGGAUAUAACCCUGGGGGUGGAUGGCGACAGUGGAGAAACGUACAGCGGACAAGCCAACUGUAGAGAAGUGGACAACGGUAACGCCGAAAGUGGUGAAAGCGGAAAGGGGGAGAGUGGUCAUGGUGGAAGUUGCCACGGAGGAAACGGUGACCAGAGUGCAGGGGGUGACCAGGGGGAUGGCGAUGGUGAUGGCGAUGGUGAUGGCGAUGGCGAAAAUGGCCGCGGUGACGACAAAGGGGAAGACGGCCAGAAGGCAAGCGACAGUCGAAACCAGAGGGAGAAUUACAAAAUGUACUAUAACAAGAUAAACGAACUCAAGUCAAAUCAAUUCAUAAGCAAAUAUAAAAACUCGGAGAAGUAUAUAAAAAAAAAAAUAUUUAAUUACCUGCGAGAGAAUAACCUCAUCAACGACCUGGAUAUAGAGCAGCUAUUUGUGUACGUGAAAAAUAUAUAUUUUCUGAUCAUAAGGAAUGAAAAGCUUGUCUUUUUCUUUAUUUAUAACACAAAGGAUGUGAUGAAUGCCAUUAUUCAUGUAGAGAAAAUGCAUAACAUUAGUUACAAGGACACGGACUUUCUGUUGUUGCUUCUUUCCAAUGACGUUGAUAUGUACGAGAAGCUGCUAAGUCAAAUAAACUUCAAGUUCGAGAAGGAAGAACUUAUUUUUAAAUUAAGAAAAUUAAGGAGGAAGGUUAAGGAUUUGAAAUUUGAGGAAGAGAGAAAUUUAGUGGAUGAGUGCAUGCAGCAGUUGCACUUGAUGAAAACAGACAGCAGAUUCGCACGCGUCAAUUACAAAACGGGUAUUCACUCUGGAUUGGAUAGAAGCGGUCCUGAGAGUAGCAGUAUUGGCGACGCGAAUAGUACCUCCCUUGUGUGUAGCAUUGGUCAGGCUGAUAGUAGUGCCCAAGCAAAUACAAGCGAUUAUGCGAAUUGUAAUGCAUACACGAAUGACCAGGACAAUGACAACACGAAUGAGAGCAAUGCUCUAUUAAAAAUAUCACUCAAAAGUUUAAUCCCCCAUUUAUAUAACUUCAAAGACUUUAACCGAACCAGCAACUUGAUUCAAAACAUUGGCAAAAAUAUCACAAGGAAAAGUAGUGAUGUAAAUGUGUUAGAAAAGAAAAAAAAAAAAAAAAAAAAAAAUCCAACCUAUUCGAACAUGUCCUAUACAAAAAUGCCUUACUCGAAUGUACCCUAUUCAAAAACGCCACCCAUGAUGAACAUGCCUCAUGCCAGUGGAACUUACUCCAACAUGGCUCAUACGAGGGGAGGAAUGUUCACAAACGUUCACCCCCCGAGUGCUGGCUAUUCGAAUAUUUCUCCAGGGGGAGCCCCUUAUGGAAAUAUGCCCGGCGCAAAUUGUCCGUAUUCCAAUGUUCCACGCAGCAAUGGCCCCUACGUGAAUAAUACUGUGCAACCCGGGAGUGCCCUUUAUACAAACGUGGCGUCCCCUGCGGGUGCUUACUCCAAUAUGCCUCAUCCAAAGGGAGGCUACUCAAACGUGACCCAUCCCAAUGCCGGGUACACAAAUGUACCCAAUCAGAGCAAUGCAUACAUGAAUGUUAGCAGCCACCCGAAUGAGACGUACGGUAAUAGGUCGUAUGCCAAAGGGGCUCCGUGUCCCAACGCGACCAAUGGCUUCUACGCGAACAACUUUGAAAGCGCCCAGGGCGAAAACUACGCAGGCAAUGACGCCCCCAGUUAUGUGGCUAACUAUCCCGCCAAUUACUCCCCAAAUCAAGGAAAUAAUGGCGCGCCAAAUUUUGGCCCCAAUUAUGAAGGGAUGUACCCCAUGGGAGGAAGCAAUGGCCACUCCAAUGAUAACUCGAAUGAGUAUGGAAGUGAAUGUGCAAACGAUUACGCCAACGACUAUAUGCAGGACUACAUGAAUGAUUACCUAAAUGAGUACGGCAUGGAUGACCCUACGAACGCGAACCAUUUGGACGACAACAAAGAACAAAAGAAAAAAGCAAUCAGAGGAAUAACCUCCUUUACUCUCUUCGCGAGAGAAAAAAGAAAGGAGUUACUGAAUCAGAAAGUGUUCUUAGGUAGUUCCCUCACCGAGCAAACAACAGCAGUAGCCAAAAUUUGGAACAGCCUGUCUGAUGAGAAAAAAAAGGAAUGGGCUGCCAAGGCGUCCAAAAUAAAUGAGGAAAAUUAUUUGUCCCAGAAAAAAAAGAAAAAAAGAAAAUUUACUGCCUUUAGCAUUUUUGCUCGAGAAAAAAGAAAGGAACAUAAGGAGAAAAAUAUCGACAUGGGGUUAACCCUAGCACAACAAAAUUCAUAUGUGUCGAAAUUGUGGAAGCAAUUGUCCAAUGAGGAAAAAAAUAAAUACAAAGUUUUAUCAAAUAACGUUAAUGCUGAGGUAGCCAAAACGACUAAGAGUGAUAUGAAUUACGUCAGUGGAGAAAAGUUCAGUGGGUUCAAGGGGCGAAUCAAGGCUCUAGACAAUAUGAUGAACCAGCAAUUUUCAGGAAAUGCCUUUCCCUACAACACUGGGGUGAAUGGCAUGGGUUAUGUGAACAGUAUGGAGUAUAUGAAUGGUGUCGACCCGGGAAACGCACCCAUCGGAGGUGUUCCCCCAGAUGGGGUUUUUUCCGCUAAUCGCAUAAAUGCAGUAUCCCCCCAGAAUGGACUGACAAAUACGCCAAACCAAGCAAACACCCCAAGCGGGAUUAACAUGACCAGCGAUUCCAUGGUACCCAAUGAGUCAAACGAUAUAAACAACCUGGGGUAUAUGGACUAUGUGAACUACAUGAACACUGUGUUGAGCCACGACAACCCGAGUUACAUGAACAAGAUAAUGAAUGGAGGGAAUGAGAAUUACAUGAGCAUGAUGAAUAACCUGACUAAUGAAAUGGCGAAUGGAAUGACACAGGAUUCGACGGGCACCUUGUCCAACGAAUCAGUAACAAAUGACAUUAAGAAAGAAAAAAAAAACGCAAAAUUGAAAAAGGGGAAGAAGAAAAAAGAUCAUAUGUACAUCGCAGAACAGGAUGAACUAAUGAACAAAAAUGGUUCCUACCAAAUGGGGAAAGACGGUGGCCCUUAUGAAACAAAUAAUAAUAUGAUUGGCGUUUUUCCCUCGGGGGCCGAUACAGGAGUAAACCUGUACAAUGGGAACAUGCCCCAUGUGACAAAUAACGGCAGCUAUUCGCAAAAGAAUGUCCACAAAAACAACGGACCCGUGAAUGUGCCAUCACCAAACGAUGGUAACGCUUCCGUAGAUAUGGUGUAUGCGAACAACUUGCUCAAUUAUUACUCCAACCAGGAGAACGCCAACGUGGACGACGAUUCUAUGAACAAUGUGGGAAGCAUGACCAGCAUGCCCUCGGAUGGCACACAUCAGCCAAAUGACAAGGUGCAUUCUGCCGGAAACAUAAAUGUGAGUGGUAGUCCUACCACCACGGCCAUGACAACCGCCUCUAUAGGUGCCGACAAAAAACAACCCAUUGUAAAUGAACAACUAAACAGUAACCUGGGUAUAGUGACCGAUGGAAAUAUGUUCAACAACCAGGGUAAUGGCACGGGAAAUAUUAUUAGUAAUGUACCAUAUGGUGGUAUGCCCAUGGGAAAUUCACUUUCGUGUAAUAAUACUACACUUAACAGGGUCCCAUUCAACAACGUUCCGUACAACGCAGUCCCCCCCAUGUAUAAUAUCCCUCCAAACGGGUCUACCCAAGGUAACAGUGGUAGUUGCCUACCAAGCGGAAACUUCAAUCCUGCUGAAGCACAUUUGAAUAACGCAUUACUUAACCCCGUGGAUGGAAUGGAUAUGAGGACAGGACCAAACGCAAAAAACAAGGAAGCGUUUAGUAAUCCCUAUAUGAGCAACAUGGCAGGUGUACAUAUGCACAAUGUGGAUGAAAAUUUCCUAACCCUAAAUGAUAACCUAAAUGCGGCACGAAAAAUAAAAAGUAAAGACAAAAUGGAAGAGAUGAUGAGGAAACAAAUGAAAAAAGAUGAAAAGCAAAAAUUAAAAGAACAAAAAUUAAUGAUGAAAAUGUAUGACAAGAAAAGAAAGCAAUUAUUGAAAGCAGAGAAACAAAUGGAAAAAAAUAAAAAAGGUAAAAUUAAAAAUGGGGUGUAUACAAUGUUGGAUGGUAGUGGCGGCAUGUAUUACCACCCCCAUCAUCACACAACGCCCCCCAAUUUAAUAAGUACAAACAUGAAUGGAAUGCCUUUGGACGCUACCAAUGCGCGUAUGAACAAACCCAUGGUUGGUAACUUCAACCCCUACUUAAGCAUGGAUCAAGUGGACGCGAAAGAUAUGCACAUCAAAACUAUGGCCAUGGGCAGCAGCAGCGUGGACAAUCGAGGUAUCCCCCUCAAUUUUCAACCUGUUAACAACAUGAACAGCGCACUGAGUAAUAUGAGGAACAACCAACCCACUCCCUACCCCUUUCUGAAUAAAUACCCGAGUGAUAUUUCCGAAAUGAACAGUUAUGAUGAUGCGUCCAGGGGUAUACAGCACAAGCAAAUAGCAGGAAUGACUACCUACCCAAGUGUUAACCUGGAGGACAAAUCGAAGAUGCAAAAUGUAAAUCGAAUGGAUGCCAACUUGGUUGUAGAUUCUGCAGGUGGAAACCUAACUGAUGCGAAAAACAUUCCCCCCAUGAAUGAGAAAAUGUCAUUCAACAAUGUAGAAUAUGGAGAGAAUUACUACAAGGAUAUGGGGGUUACCGAUUUUGGAGCGUUUCAACAAGGGGAUAAUAACAAAGGGGGCGAAAGGGAUAAUCUGCCUGCAUACCACAUGCCCAGCCUUGAAGUCAAAAUGGGCAAAAUGUCAACUGGCCUUGAAAAUGCGAGCGCAUCCUUCGAUAAGCAAUUUUUUGUAAAUGAAAACAAGCCAGUGGAACACAAGGCCGAAAAUUAUUACACCCAGAAUGAAAAGAGCAAGAGCAAGUCCAACUCAACCUUGUAUGGAGAAGAAUCUCUAAGCGGCAGCUACAACCAUUUCAACAGCAGCACUACGCUCACAGCUCAGCAACAGAAUACUUUUAACAAAACAUUAAACGAAGACGUACAUUUGGACAAUAACUACGGGAAUGUCAAUUAUGCGCACACGGAUGGAUGCGGUGAGAACAGCCAGAACAACAGCACCGGGUAUUUCUAUCCACACGGUAGCGGUAUUAGUGGAGGUAAGGAAGAAAGCGAGAAAAUGAAUAACCCUGGAGCGUACGUCAAUAACGAAUUGGACGGAGUGGCGAAUGCAAACAACGUGAUGUACUACCCGGACCAGAUGUUACCAGAAAAUCACAUGAACAAAAACCUUGUGUAUUUUGACACGGACCCAAAUGAACUCGCCGAAAUGAAAGACGACACUGAGCUGGAGGCGCCCAAGGAAAAGCAAUUUUUUAGCAGCGCCUCGCAUUACUCAGAAUUUAUAAGUAAAAAAAUGCACAAGAAGAAGAAAACACCGUGUUCCACAAAUGAUGCUGAUGAUGAUAAUGGAGGCACCAUCUGGGACUUAGUGCAAAAGAAAAAAGGAAGGAAGAAAUUAAAGAUAGACGGCGCAAAGCAGGCAGAAGGGGAAUCAGAAAAUGUAACACUUGGGGAGGAUGGUGGACUAUACACAAAUAAAAAUGACUUGAGCUUUAUGGGGGCCAAUCACGAAUGGAACAGCGGAGGAGUAGAUGUUAAUGUGCAUGGUACUACUACCACCAGUAAGGAAGAGGCUGAUGAUAUUGUCAAUAGCAUUUUUAGAAGUCUCGAAAUGGAGGAAAAUAUUUCGCAUCCCCAGGAAACAGCAGGAGCAAUGUCCGCGAGAGGAGAUAAUUUGAUAACCGAUGAGGACACACUCUUAAACCCUGUAGAUCACAACUACGCAGAGGAUGAAAUGAACUGCGAACAGGACAACAACGUCGCGGAACAAAAUAACGAAGACGAUAUUAUCAACCUGAUCGAUGGCCCACCGCAAAGUUAUGCAAACAAAUUAAACAUAACAGAAAGUGGAGAAGUCGUUUAUGAAGAUAAAAAAAAAUAUAAUUCAAAUAUUAUUAUGAGUGAGAAUUCCCUUCAUAGUAACCGUAUGAACAUGUUAAUGUCGAAAAGGGGAAAAUUAAAUGCAAACUUGAAUAAGAGCCAAAUAUUGACCUACAAUAAUGCUUAUAAAAAAACGGCUUUAUUUAAAUGGACGGAAGAAGAAACAGAUAAAUUUUAUCAAGCCAUUGAAAUGUUCGGUGUGGACUUAAUGAUGGUGCGUGCCUUCUUACCCAAAUUCACGGACAAGCAAAUUAGGGACAAGUAUAAGAAGGAGAGGAGGAAUAACCCCUUGAAGAUUGAGGAGGCCAUAAAGAAGAACAAGGAAAUCGAUUUGGAUGCCUACGAGAAUGAGAAUGGCAGGAUCGAGACUUCUGGGGACCUCAAUAGCGACGCAUCAUCGUUCAGUGCUGACGAUGAUAAGGACGUGAAGAAGAAAGGCAGCGCAGCGAGCGACACGGAUGGAAACAUCCUCAACAUCUUCGAAGACAAAGAAGAUGUGGACUACAACGUGAAUCAAAACAACGAUAAUCAGGACGACCCCGAUUUUAACGUUUUGUCUUUGUUUUAA